CUUAACUUUAUUCCAGCGGCGCAUAUAUCGUGGUUGGUCUCCAUCGGACGCUUGUCCCCGAUCUCAUGUACCACGAGGCUGCAAAGCCAAGGCACAGAUGUUGAGAAGACCUGCAGGCAACAGUUUUGAGGUCAUUCUCACAACUUUGUCUCGUUGCUUCGCCUCAUUUCAUUUCCGAUCUCCGUGUAGUGCCUGGAAAUUAGACGUCAUGGAACAAGUUCACGAUUGUAUGCGCCGCUGGCUUCAGCGGAUAAAUAUGGUGGAAUAACCUCAUUAUUUUAGUACUCCAAGUUCACCUGUCACAAUAAUCACUUCUUCUUGAUUAGCUUGCAACAUGAGGUUCUCCGUUCAAGAUCUUUUCAUCCUUUCAUCACUCGCAGGAAUCUGUUACGGUGACUACCUUGGUCCACGAUAUCCGUUCCCUGUAGAUCUUUCUAGCAACUCAAGCAUCGUGCCUGCUGGAUGGAAGAACAUCUCAACAACUCUUGACUCAUAUCUGAAAAGAGACAAUUCCAACGGAACAGCAAGCGAUGGAACCUCAUCCCUGUUCACUGGACUGAAGGAGAUUACAUUUUCAAUCGGCAUGUUCUCAAUUCAUGACCCAGCUGCCCAAGCUCUGCAAUACCAUCAUAUUUCCGACGAAGCGAAGACUGGACCAGGAACGCAUGAUGUGGAUGGCGAUAGCAUCUACCGACUUGCCAGCGUGUCGAAACUCUUCACUGUCUAUGCCAGCCUAUUAUCUUUCGACGACGAGCAGUGGGAACAGCCAAUCACCAACUUCAUUCCUGGGAUCUCAAGUUCCUCGCUGAACAGUACCGAUGAUGACUCUGUCCUACACACUCAUUGGGAAAAAGUGUCACUCCGUGCUCUCGCAUCUCAGAUAUCAGGUAUACCUCGCGACGCUGCACCCUGGUUCUCUGAUCUUGCUAUCAUUCCGGACCCUCUGACCGGGAGUCCAAUUCCCAAUCCGGACGCGUACGGACUGCCACCUCUGACUCUCGAGGAGGUCGAACCAUACCUUCCGUGCUUGUUAAAUCCAGAUAUCACAGCCUGCUCUCCUCGGCAAGUCUUCGUAGCGAACCAGGGUCGACCUCCUGCUUUCGAACCCUGGACAACAUCAGCAUACGCCAAUUCAAAUUUUGUUCUACUCGGAAUUGCGCUCGCUAAUAUCACUGGCAAACCACUGGCUGAUGUCUAUCCCGAACUCAUUUUUGGACCUCUAGGAAUGUCAAGAUCCAAAUCGGUAUCGCCGCCCAGGUCGGAAUGGUCACAAUACGUCGUGGCAGCAAAUGAUAGCACACUAUGGGCUGCACAGGGUGGCGUUUCGAUUGGGUCUGGCGGUCUAUAUUCUACCCUAAACGACCUUGCCAAAUUCGGAACAGCCAUACUGAACUCCGCGCUUCUGUCUCCCAUCAAAACAAGGGAAUGGAUGAAGCCUGUGUCACACACUGCAGCCCUAGACUUCUCCGUCGGAGCUCCCUGGGAGAUCUACAGAUACGAACACCCAGGUACUGGAGCGGUGUCUGAUAUUUACACAAAGCUAGGUGAUUCCGGGAACUACACAGCAUUCACAUGUCUUAUUCCAGACUAUGAAGCUGGUUUCAACGUCCUCGGCUCAGGAUAUAUCCUAGAGAGAUCAGCACUCGCUACCACGAUAGCAGACCUUAUCACCACAACCAUCAUGCCCGCUCUCGAAGCUCAAGCCGCAGCUGAAGCAGCCCAGAACUUUGCUGGCACCUUUGCAUCGAGCGACCCAAAUCUAAACUCCUCAAUAACCAUCACAUACAACGACUCAUCCAUCGACCCAGGAUUAUACAUCACAUCAUACAUCAGCAACGGGACCAAUCUCAUGCCCCUUCUCCUUUACGUCUCAGGCGGCAAAACAGCUAAGCUCCUCCCCUCGAUCCAGAAAUCUGGACAAAUAGCCUUCCGAGCUGUUCCUGGAAAGGUGGUAUACCCACCUAGGUCGUUCUUGGGACCGUUCCUGAAGAUGGUUGAAACGAGUGGGGAUUGGCUGCAAGUGGAUGGGCUUACGUAUGGAGGUGUUGGAAUGUCGCUGUUUGUGUUUGAUGUGGGGAGUGAUGGGAGGGCGGUUUCUGUUGAGCCUGGAGCUAAUAGGGUGACGUUGAAGAGGGUUGGGUAG